AUGCCUAUGCUCAAAGACCCCUCCAAGAAGUACAAAAAGUUCAAGCCCAUCCAGCUUCCAAACCGCACAUGGCCAAACAAGACACUUGAUAAACCACCAAGAUGGCUGGCCACCGAUCUCAGAGACGGAAACCAGAGCUUGGUAGAUCCAAUGGACGGCGACCAAAAACACAAAUACUUCAAAAUGCUCGUCGACAUUGGAUACAAAGAGAUUGAGAUCUCCUUUCCGUCGGCGUCCGAAACCGAUUUUGACUUCACUCGACGUCUGAUUGAAACUCCUAACGAGGUUCCGGAUGACGUCUGGCUCCAAGUUCUCUGCCCCUGUCGCGAGGACUUCAUCCGCCGGACCGUGGACUCUCUGAAGGGAGCUAAAAAGGCGAUUCUCCAUCUGUAUCUUGCCACAAGCGAAUGCUUCCGGAGGAUAGUGUUUGGCAUGACCAAGCAACAGAGUGUGGAGCUAGCUGUCAAAUGCACAAAAUACGCACGCUCGAUAACGAAAGACGACCCGUCAACGGCAGGAACGGAAUGGCGGUUCGAGUUCUCCCCUGAAACGUUCUCCGACACUGAUCCAGAGUUCGUGAUCGAGAUUUGCGAAGCUGUUAAGGCUGCCUGGGAGCCGACAGUGGAAGAACAAAUCAUUUUCAACCUUCCUGCCACCGUCGAAAUGUCAACUCCAAAUGUCUACGCAGACCAGAUUGAGUAUUUCUGCACACAUAUCUCUGAAAGAGAGAAAGUUUGCGUUUCUCUGCAUCCUCAUAAUGACCGCGGUUGUGCCGUCGCAGCUGCGGAACUGGCCCAGAUGGCUGGCGCUGAUCGAGUUGAGGGCACUCUUUUCGGUAACGGCGAAAGAACAGGCAACGUGGACUUGGUUACUCUUGCUCUAAAUCUUUACACACAGGGUAUCCACCCGAAUGUUGAUUUCUCCGAUAUCAACUCAGUCAUCAAAGUGGUAGAGGAAAGUAAUAAGAUCCCAGUGAACGAGAGAUGGCCUUACGGUGGUCAGCUUGUGGUUUGCGCCUUCAGCGGCAGCCACCAAGAUGCUAUCAAGAAAGGCUUCAAGGAGAGAGAGGCAGGCAAGCCAGAUGAUCGCUGGCAGAUGCCCUACCUCCCUCUCGACCCAGAGGAUAUUGGACGAAACUACGAAGCCAUCAUCCGCGUCAACUCUCAAAGUGGCAAGGGCGGUGUUGCAUGGAUCAUCCUGCGCAUGCUCGAGCUGGAUUUGCCCAGAGGAUUGCAGAUCGCAUUUAGCAAAGUUGUCCAGAAGGAUGCGGAUAGACUGGGCCGUGAGCUUAAGCCAACUGAAAUCGUUGCUCUUUUCGAAGAAGCCUACCAUCUCAAGAAGAAUCCCCGCUUCUCACUGAUUGAUUACAAUAUUACGACGGAUCGAUCCCAGACCCCUACUCCUCCCGAGCCAGGAAAGGCCGUCAGCACCGAACAUCUCAAGAGAAAAUUUACAGGUAUUGUUGAAAUUGACGGUACCCAGCACGGAAUCGUUGGUGUUGGUAACGGUGCUAUCUCAUCCCUGACAAACGCCCUUAAAUCUCUGGGCAUUGACCUUGAUGUUGUGGAAUACAAGGAACAUGCUAUGGGAAGCGAUCGUGACACCAAAGCUGCCACUUUCAUUGAGUGUGUCGCAGCUGGAUCCAACCAGAGGGUUUGGGGUGUUGGUAUUCAUCACGAUGUCGUACGGGCCAGUUUGACCGCGCUCCUAAGUGCUGCUAGUUCAUUUCUUUCAUCCCGUGCACCAACUCCUUUCCAUCCAGUCAGAAAAUCUCUUACUCAGGCUGAAAUUCAGGCAUUGGAGCAGCUUAAUGGUACAAUUCCGAACACCCUCACUGGGGUAGUCAACACAGCCAAGCAGCAAAAGGUGGACAUAGAUGCCCUGGAAGCAGCGGCAAAUAAGAUCUGA